AUGGGCGAUGGAAAUGAUACUGCUAGAAAUGUCCAACUACAGAAACAAAAACAGCAAUGGAAACAAUUGAAACGGACAAUCGAGAAAAGCAUCACCAACUUAGACACCAACAACAUCAAAUCAACAGUAAUAGAGUUAUUCAAAUGUAAUCUCAUACGAGGAAAAGGAUUAUUCGUACGAUGUUUAAUGAAGUGGCAGUUAAUAGAUUAUAGAUAUGCUGCUAUGUUUUCCUGUUUGGUUGCUGUUAUUAAUUCAAAAAUACCAGAAAUUGGUGAAUUAUUAUGUAAACGAUUAGUUAUACAAUUCAAAAAGAAUUAUAUUAAGAAUCAUAGAAGGAAUAUUAUAGCUUGUUUAUUGUUUCUUGGAAAUCUUGUCAAUCAACAAGUUGUAAGUGAAAUUGUCAUGUUACAAAUUAUACAAUUAUUAUUGGAAUCACCGAAUGAUGAGAGUAUUGAAAUAGCUGUACGAGUUUUAAAAGUUAUUGGUGCACAUUUAGAUAAGCAUUCUCAAGCAGCUUCCAAUAUGAUAUUUGAUAGACUUCGAGAUAUUCUUCAGGAUGAUAAAUCAAUCGGAGAAGGUCCAAAAAAGCAGAUUACGAGUUUGAUUAACUUACGAAGAUCCAAGUUUAAAGGGUUUCCAAGUAUACCCAAAGAAUUCGAUAUAGUUGAAGAUGAAGAUAGGGAGACACAUAUAAUCGAUUUACAAGAUGACGAUAUCCUAGCAGAAGACGAGUUAAACAUUUUUCAGUAUGACGAAGAAUAUGAUGACCAUGAAGAGGAGUAUGAAGAACUACGAAAGGAAAUAUUAGAAGAAGAGGAGGGCGAGAAUACAGAACCACAAUCAAGCGAGGUUGUCCCUGGUAAGGAAGCCAUAGUUGUCCCAGAUGAAAAGAUAACAGAUAUGUCCCAACAAGAUCUCGUACAGUUUCAGAAAACAGUCUAUCUAACAAUCAUGUCAUCAAUGUCAUCCGACGAAGCAGUACAUAAACUUCUACGCCUCAAGAAAUCUAAGACCCGAGUCAAAGAUGAGGAUCCUCUCGAUGAUGAUGAAGUGUUAGCAGAUAUGAUUAUCAAAUGUUGUUCCCAAGAAAAGACCUAUUCUAAAUACUUUGGAAUAAUCAUCGAGAAAUUAUGCGGAUUCAAUCAACAUUGGCAUGAUAUCUUUGUCAAUUUAUUCAAGAAAUAUUAUACCUUAAUUGAAAACUUUGAAACUAAUUCAAUUCGGAAUAUUGGGAAAUUAUUUGGACAUUUAUUUGCAUCUGAUCAAAUUGAAUUAAGUUCAGCUUGGAAUGAAAUUCAGUUAACUGAACAAGAUACGAAUCCAGCUAUUCGAAUCUUAUUAAAAUUCAUAUUUCAAGAAAUGAUUGAAGGAUUGGGGAUAAAGGAAGUCAAAGAACGCUUAAUCAAUGAUGAAUAUAUCAAACCACAUAUUCGUGGAUUAUUGCCUGUUGUGGAUGUGACAUGGGAAGAUGCUGAUCAUUUACGAUUCUCAAUCAAUUUCUUCACUGCAAUUGGUUUGGGAACCUUAACUGAUGAAAUGAGAGACGUUUUGAAAAAUCUACCAGCGCCUCCAGAAAGGGGUAGGAGUAGAUCACGCAGUGGUAGUUCCCGUAGUAGUUAUUCCGAAGGUAGUUAUUCUAGGAGUCGUUCCAGAAGUUAUUCUAGAUCAGUCAGUUAUUCUCGAUCACCAAGCUAUUCACGUAGUAGAAGCAGAUCCCGGAGCAUAUCCCGAGGUAGACCCAGAUCCCGAAGUGAUUCCAAAAGUAGAUCUCAAAGUUAUUCAAGAAGUCCAGCUAAUGGUAAAUCAAGAUCAUAUUCUCGCUCACCAAUUGAUAGGGGAAGACAACAACGACAACUUUCUAACGAUGGACAAGAAUCAAGAACUCCUUCACGUGAACCAAGAAUGAAACGGAAUAGAUCAAUUUCGCCUUCAAUCAAUGAAAAACAAAGGAAUAUCAAGCGGAAUAGAUAG